AUGCGCUCUCACUCCCUUGUGGCAGUUCUGAGCCUAGGGUCAGCAGCUCUAGCACUACGUGGCCAAUUCCCUGCCAACACUGCUGACGAAACCUACAUUCGGCCAUUGGAUAUUGUCGACUUGAAUGUACCCCCAUAUAGUUCAAACACUGAGCAAUGGAGGUUUGAAGAAGGCCCUCCUGAGAACGCGACAGGGAACUUGAUAUUCGACACUGUCCAUUCAUCCCUGCAACAUUGGCCAAACACUCGGUACCGUAAUGGACAUAACAUAGUACCAGGAGUAAUUCCAACCGGUACUUUGCUUUACCACGGCACCGGUCGCCAUGCAAUACCCACUAAGCCCGACUGGAUCGCUACAGACCCAGAGCAUUCCAUUGGUUUCGCUCGUGGAAGAGAUGGCUGGCAUCUCACGCUGGCAGUAACGCGACCUCUCAAAGUCUUGUACUUUGAUGGAAGUAGUGCUGCUAAGAUAUCCGAGGGUACAAUGGAUACGCAGGAUAUAAUAGCUUGGGGAGAAGUGCAGCCUGAGCGAUACUUCGAUGAAAGACGACGGAUUCAAGAUCUCUGUGGGUGGGGAAAGGAGUUUGGACUCGAUGGUUUCGCGAGGAUGGAAAUGGACUUUGAAGUUAUGUUGUGCGAUUUUACAGCUGGUGUUGAGGUAGUAUCUUUCCUGCAUGUCCGACUUUUACCGAAGCACGAAAACCUUUACCUUCCUCGCCUUCCCUCCCCUCCCCGCCUUCCUUCGCCUUCUUCCCUUCGCCCUCUUCUUCCACCGGAUUCUGAACACUGGAUUCGCGCAUUUGAAGUCAUGCACUCCGGCUCGUGGCACAAUCGCUACCCAGGGGAUUCUCGCAUUGUACUCGACCUGACUGGUCUUGUCUCACUGUAUGAUAUCGCACUAGCACCUUCCCUCGUCCCAGUUCGCGCGGGUCUUGAACGAUGGGACCACCGCGUCCUUGGAAUCUCGUCAGAGGAUUUAUCGCAGGUGAAGAGAAAGCUUAUUGAAGUUAUUAGUCUGCCACACCCAGUGAACAGCGGCAUUGACUGGAUGACCCUUAUUCACGUCAUCGUCGAUCGAUAUGCGGAUCGACUCGAGUUGACGGAGCAUCUCCUCAAUUUCACCUCGUCAGACUCGCAAGAAGUCCUUCAGCGAGCGAAGCUCACGCAAACCCAGCUCCGUAUUAUGCUUAGGCCAUAUCUAUCAGAUUCCAUCAUCGUCCCCAGCACAGGCGCUUCAGGCGUAGAUGCUUUGGAGUGGGCUUCCCCAAUUUUCAGGCUAUGUGCCACAACACACACUUCCGUGAUAAUGAACCAGAUACCCUUCAUGACACCCUCUGAACACCUGCUGCUGAAAGCCGUUAAGGAGACAACCAGAGAAAUCUGCCGUGUCACUACGAAAAUGUGGGCUGUGGGUGUCAUGAGCGGGCUCGACACUCUUUUCCCCAUUGAACUCAAUGGAGAGCCUGAUAUCGCCCAAAUAAUGAAUGAUUGGAAAGAAGACAUCCAGAAGCUGAUGUCUUGGUUAGACUGGAGUAUAUGGAUUAAAUGCCGACCUGCCUGCGGCCCAGAGGAGAUGUGCUAUCUUCCUACUUGGCCCGAAAACGUCCCCAGGCCAAAGGAUCUACCUCGUCCUCCGUGGGACCCGCAGAAUAUCACGGACACUUCAGAAGCAGACUAUCUUACUGAACCUCCACUCGAAAACGAAGAUGGGAUUUUCUCCUUUGAGGCGCCAACGGAGGAAUGGAGGAAACCUCAACCGAAGUGCAUUAGGCGCCUCUCGCCGUACGGAUUUUGA